GGAGGUUCUGGCGGUGGCCAAGGAUUCCAUGGAUCCCACCUCCGAUAUUGAAGCUUGGCUGCAAGUACUCGAGGCUGUUCAGGAUCAGAGCAGGGAGAGGCAGAUGCAGAGGAGGCGAUGGGCAAACAAGCUGGAUGCCCUUCAAUCGAAUCUCGCGACACUACGAGCCACGCAGCCUCGCUCGUCGUGGCGGUCUCCAAACGCUCACUCUCAACACCUCGCCGCCUACGGACAGCGCACGCUCGAAUUGGCCAAGCAGAUUGCCAAGCUCGAGGCGGCCAUCUCGCGCACAGAGACGGAUGUGAGGGAGUGCAAGGCUGAGCUCGAGAGGCUGGACCGCGGCGACGAUGCAGCAGGUGUGGACGACGGUGAAGGGGAGGACGACGAGGAGGGAGAGGCGUGGGGAGAGAAGGCCCUCGGACGUCACACCUUGGCGCUCACCAUGUUCCGUCAGCUCGGCUUUCAACCCCUCCUCUCCUCCUCAUCUUCCUCGUCGUCGGCGCCCGAUGCCAUCUCGACGCUGUUUGCUCGUUCCGACGCAAAGGGCAAGGUGACGCCCUUCAAGGUGGGCGAAAAGGGAGGCGCAGCUGGCUCUCGCGGCUGGGCAGAGAUGAGCGAUGCCGAGCGAGCGACGAUGGUCAACGCGAUGUGGGACGCCGUCGAAUGAAGGUGGAGAAUAUGAUGAUACCAGAUUUGGCUCGCUGCUACAAAUACAUGUUUUGCUCUUGGCGCUGCU